ACCUCAGCGGUGGCCCGAUGGCACCUCAGCGGAGGGGACCACCCAGAAUUCCCGAGGGAAGUAGUGCUGCAGAGCGCCGGCGCGCGACCAGUACCAAGAAGGACCGGCUGCCUCGGGAGGCACAGAGGACAUGGCUAAGGAUUGUGGCCUUUGGGGUCGGCCUUGCUCUGGUCACAUGUCUGCUCUGGAGUAGUGUGGGGAUCGAUGAUGAUGUCGCUGAGGUUGUGGCCCGUCGUGGUGAGGUCCUAGAAGGCAGGUUCAUUGAGGUUCCCUGCUCUGAGGACUACGAUGGUCACCGAAGGUUUGAAGGCUGCACCCCCAGGAAGUGUGGCAGAGGUGUCACUGACAUCGUCAUCACCAGGGAGGAGGCGGAGCAGAUUCGCAGAAUAGCAGAGAAAGGGCUCUCCCUAGGUGGAUCGGAUGGAGGGGCAUCUAUCCUGGACCUGCACUCUGGAGCCCUGUCUGUUGGGAAACACUUUGUGAACCUGUAUAGAUACUUUGGAGAUAAAAUACAAAAUAUCUUCUCUGAGGAGGACUUUCAGUUAUAUAGCUACUUUCUCAUCAAGACACAUAUCAUGGAACCCAGAGUGACCUACGGCUCUUUUGACUACACUUCGCUGCUUUACCUAUCGGAUUACUUAGAGGACUUCGGUGGAGGGCGCUUUGUGUUCAUGGAAGAAGGGUCCAACAAGACAGUGGAGCCCAGAGCUGGUCGAGUCUCAUUCUUUACCUCAGGCUCUGAGAACCUGCACCGAGUGGAGAAAGUCCUCUGGGGCACCCGCUAUGCCAUCACCAUCGCUUUCACCUGCAACCCGGACCAUGGCAUCGAGGACCCAGUACUCACGUGACCAGCUAGGUCAGGUCCUGAGUAUCAUGUCCUGUCAGAGAAGGCACUCCUAGGCCGGGUGGAGGGUGUGUUCACCUCUCCCACUUCAGGCCAUUGCUGCUGCUCAGAGUGCCUUAUGAAUUAUCCCGAGUCUCCACCUGCUGAUGUUUUAAUCUUUUUGUCUGAGAGUAAAUCAAGGAAGGAGCCUGUUACCCGAGUA